CAUUUAUUCUGGGGAAUUACAUCUUCGGAGCCCACCAAGUGACAUCCAUCCAGCUGCAGUAAUGGGAACUGUUCUCUCAAUAUCUCCGAUGUCUCGGAAGACGACUAUCGUGGUCGAUGGACCCGAGCCUACCGAUAGAAGCCUUAAGAAACAUUCUGUACUGGAAUCAGCCUUGUCGUUGAAAAGAUUUGUUACUUCGUCGAGGAGGAAUGACAAAAAAGUUAACCCGGAUGGCCAGCUACUGCAGGCCAAUGAAAAUAAGGUGGAGCAAUUGAAUAACGAAAAUCUGAAGAAAAGACAGCACUUGAGUCCGGAACCAGCGCAGUUACCAAAACAGAACCCUGCAGCAACUCAAUCACAGACACCCUCUCACAGUGGCAAAAAGAUCAUUGCUGUGCAAAAACAACCCAGCAAGUUAUCCCUCGUCUCUCCCAGGAAGGUGAUUGUCCAAGCAUCGACUGGCGAGCUUCUGCUUUGCCUCGGAGAUUUUUUUUGCAGAAGAUGUUAUAAACUCAAAGAUCUCAACUCGAACGAAGUUAUCCUUUGGUUCCGAAAUGUAGACCGAACCCUUCUGUUACAAGGCUGGCAGGAUCAGGGUUUCAUCACACCAGCUAGCCUGGUGUUUGUCUACUUGAUAUGUCGAGAAACGAUCACUGAAGAUGUUGCCACUCGAGGCGAACUUCAUGGCGUCUUUCUUACCUGCCUGUACCUGGCUUAUUCAUACAUAGGCCAGGAAAUCUCUUACCCUCUCAAACCCUUCAUUGUCGAAGGUAACAAGGAUACUUUCUGGGAUCUGUCACUAGGUGUCAUUGAUAGCAUAAGUGAUAAAAUGAUGCAGAUCAACAUUGAUCCACAUUUUUUCACUGAGGUGUUUCAGGAGCUCAAAGGUGAAACAAAAGACGCGAAGGGAAGUGAUGUAGACCGUUGAUAGUCCUAUCAUCAUUUGAAUGCGUUGCUGACAGCAUGGAGAUUACAGCACAUGCUGUAUGCUAUCUGUUUUGUCUCGUUCGGGUGGCAUAUCUUGCAGGGACCUUUCAUCUUUAUGUUAUUGCAAAAAAAAAAACAGUGUUAAUAGGGAUGAAGACAUAUAACCUAUAUCUAGAAAUCAGUGUUUUGUCACCGGUUGGACUAGUAGCCUACAGUAUUUGCAUGCCGAAAAAGAUUGUGUUUAUGAACUUUCUCAUCAGAUGUAGCCAUGUGGUGCAAUACUGUGAAGAAUACUGCUCUAAACGUAGUGUUUCCAAUUGUUUUACUGUUUUUCCUUGUUCAUAAGAACACAAAUGUUCAUGGCAGUGCUGCACAGAUGACAUGGGGAACUAUCCAAGGUGCUGGCCCUGGCCUGGCCAGAAUGCACGUCCAUUUUGUUUAACUUCAAAGACACUUUUGAAGACAAGAUGUCCAAUGUGCCAAUAGAGUUUGUUUUAAACAACUCUUGAUGUGUUGUUUAUUUAUUGCUGAUUUUAUUUUCUCUCUAUUGGUAAAGAUUAGCUUGUUUUCCUAUGAAAUCAGUUCAACUGAUUUGUCGAUAUGCCUAUUUUUGUAGGCCUGUUCACUAGAACAGAUAGACCGUGAUCCAUUCCAGAACAGUAACACCUGUCAUAUUUUUCUGUAAACUGCACAUGUAGUCAACAGGCAUGUAUGAGCUAUUGUUAAGGUGGAACUUAUAUAAUGCCCUUUUAAACUUGGAAUCAACAGUUCCCCUUCAAGGACAUGCAGCUCCUAUGUUAGACUGAUCUCAGUGACAUACGAGUUGUUUUAUAGGAGAUCUCACAGCCUUCUCCAAAGGCAGAUACUGCACAAGGUUUAUGGUUACAAAAUAGCCUACCUCAUUGCUUUCACAUUGCACUGAUAUUUUGUGCACUGUCUGCAUAUGUGAGCUGUAUACAGAGUUUGAAGACCUGACAACUGCUGGACUCAUGAACA